AUGCCUAAAAACCCGAAGUUUGAAUAUGAGGCAAAACAGCCUGCUUUCCUCCAAAAGCUCCGGGGCCAGUACGGAGACAACUCCGGUCGCUUGGAACGGCCCGCCUUACGACCGACGAGACUCAAGGUCAACAAGGAUGACGAUGAUGACGAGCCUAUCUAUGUCGACGAAGAAAGCAAUGAAGUGAUUUCCAAGGAGGAAUACAAGACAAUGGUUGGUGACAGCGGGCCGAAAGGAGAGAGCGAGGACGGUACAGAGAAGGACAAACCUGCCGGCGAUGAAGACAAAUCCCAGGCAGAUACUGCUGGCAAGCAAAGCAAUCUUACAGAGGUUGGAGGUCAGAGGAAAAGAAAACAAAUUAAAGUGGUGGGCGAGGAUAAGGCAGAAUCCGAAGAGGUUCAGCCCAAACCUGCCACGAAGAAAUCAAAGAAGCCCAAGAAGAUCAAGCUAUCUUUUGAUGAGGAAUGA